CUGAAGAAUGAGUUCCAUACUCGUUGCAGCAAUUGAUUUCGGAACGACAUAUUCCGGAUGGGCCUUUUCUUUCAAGGGUGACUUUCAUAAUAAUCCAACAAAAGUUUGCGCCAGAAAUUGGAUCGGCAAUCAACUCAUCUCGGCUAAAGCACCAACAUGUGUUCUGAUUGAACCGGAUGGGAAAACGUUGGAUUCUUUCGGAUACAAGGCGGAGAACAAGUAUGCGGAUCUUUCGGAAGAAAGGGCUCACGAACCAUGGUACUACUUCUGGAGAUUUAAAAUGAUGCUUUAUGAUAAGAUGAAAAUUCAAAGGCACGUCAUGCUUGAAGAUGAAACAGGAAAAAUGUUACCUGCAAAAUCAGUGUUCUCACUUGCAAUUGAGUUUCUGAAGAAAGAUCUUCUAAAAGAGUGUCACAAACAACUUGCAGAUGACUUAUCAGAAGAUGAUAUUAAAUGGGUUCUAACAGUGCCUGCAAUAUGGAAUGAUGGAGCAAAACAGUUUAUGAGGGAAGCAGCAGAACAAGCUGGUAUUCCAAGGUCACAGUUAAAGAUUGCACUUGAACCGGAAGCAGCCUCUCUUUACUGUCGAUAUUUGCCCGUUCAGAAAGGCCAUGAAGAAAAUUUCUUAGCUUCAUUUGAACCGGGAACGAAGUAUAUUGUCUUAGAUGCUGGAGGAGGUACUAUUGAUAUCACGGUUCAUCAAGUCAUAGUAGAUGGUAAACUCCGAGAGUUACACAAAGCUAGUGGGGGGGCCUGGGGAGGAACUAUGGUAGACAAAGCUUACGAACGAUUCCUUUCAGAUAUAGCAGGGCCAGAGGCAUUUCAGCAGUUUAAGAAAGAGCAUAUAGAUGACUAUAUUGAUCUGUUCCGAACGUUUGAAGUCAAGAAACGGGAAACGUCACCAGGUCAUUUAGGCAAAGUGACAUUUCGCAUACCGCCGACUUUUGUUAAAACUAUCAAAGGUGCUACUGGAUUGUCGAUAAAGGACAAAAUCAUGUCAUCACCUUUCAAUGGACAGGUUACAUACGUAAGCGGUAAACUAAGAGUUGAUGGUCAAGUUGCUCAGUCAUUUUUCAAACAAUCAGUAGAUAGUAUUGUACAGCAUUUAGAGUCGUUAUUGGGAGAAAGGCUGAAUAAAGAAUGUACAGCUAUUGUUAUGGUUGGUGGAUUUUCGGAGUCAAUCAUUCUUCAAGAUGCUGUCAAAUGCGCAUUUGGAAGAAGGUACAAUGUAAUUAUACCAGAAGGGGCUGGUUUAGCUGUCUUGAAAGGAGCUGUUAUUUUUGGUCAUCGGCCAAGCACAAUCUCCGAGCGCAUAUGCAAGUACACAUAUGGACAGAGCGUUUGCCAUGAAACAACUCUUGAUUGUAAUCAUCCCCCGACCAGGAUAGAAUUGAUUGAUGGAAAAUUACACUGUAUUAAUAUUUUCGUGAAACACAUAACUAUUGGACAGACAGUAAAAUUAGAAGAAGAACAAACGGAAAUAAUCACAAACCCUACUUAUGCUGACCAAACAACUAUUGAUAGGAAAAUAUAUGCAUCAAAAUCGCCUGACCCUCGUUUAGUCACUGAACCAGGUUGUACUAAAAUAGGCCAUUUUGUAAUACCUAUUCCAGAUAUUUCACUUGGAACAGACAGACUAUUCGGUACAAGGUUUAUAUUUGGUGACACAGAGAUUGCCGUAAAAAGUGAAGAUAAACAAACAGGAGAAGUUCAAAUUCAUUCUAUCGACUUUUUGGAAUGAUAUUUGUUCUGUAUUCCUUGUCUGGUAAAGUGAAGAUUUUUUUAGUUCCGCAUAUCGUUGUUUUUAAUCAAUCAAGAUAAUUAUAUGUAAAAUAGUUCGAUCAGUUUUCCAUUCACUUGCACAACGACGUGGUUAAGAAUGAAAAUUAUUUACCUUUUAACUUCCUUUAAUUCAUUGCGUAAACUAUGAUUAUAAGUUUAUUUACUUUGUAGAACGC